GGGAGGGCGGUUGGAAGGGGUGGUGCUGAAACGAACAGCUCCGAGAGAAAAUGUGCGCUUGGGCAAAUAAAGUCAUCAGAGAGCUUUCGGCGCGCCACUGUCCCUGUUGAUAGAGCCAGCCUCGCAAUGAACCAGCCGAGCUCCCCAUCCUCAAGAUUCGCUUUCACAAUUUUGGAGCCCGUCUACUCACCCUGACCAUGAAGAGACAAAACGUGAGGACCCUUGCGCUCAUCAUUUGCACGUUCAUCUACCUGUUAGUCGGUGCGGCUGUCUUCGAUGCCUUGGAAUCUAAGAAGGAGACGACUCAGAAGAAGAAGGUGUACGACAGAAAACAAGAGCUUAGGAACAAAUACAAUCUCACUAAACUCAACUUCGAUGAACUCGAGGAAGUGGUGUUGCAGCUGAAGCCUCAUAAAGCCGGGUUACAGUGGAAAUUCGCUGGAUCAUUUUACUUCGCAAUCACUGUGAUCACGACCAUAGGUUACGGCCAUGCUGCCCCCAGCACAGACGGGGGGAAGGUGUUCUGUAUGCUCUACGCACUGCUGGGCAUCCCUCUCACCCUGGUCAUGUUCCAGAGCCUGGGCGAGCGCAUCAACACCUUGGUGCGCUAUCUGCUGCACCGCCUGAAGAAUUGCCUUGGCAUGCGGCGCACCGAGGUCUCCAUGGUGAACAUGGUGGCCAUCGGCUUCAUCUCCUGCAUGAGCACGCUGUGCGUGGGUGCGCUCUCCUUCUCCCACUUUGAGGGUUGGAGCUUUUUCCACGCCUACUACUAUUGCUUCAUCACGCUCACCACCAUCGGCUUCGGAGACUACGUGGCGCUGCAGAAGGACCAGGCGCUGCAGACAAACCCCAAGUAUGUGGCCUUCUGCUUCAUGUACAUCCUCACCGGCCUGACUGUGAUUGGCGCCUUCCUCAACCUGGUUGUGCUGCGCUUCAUGACCAUGAACGCGGAGGACGAGAAGCGGGAUGCCGAGCAGCGCGCCCUCCUCUCCCAGAAUGGCCAGGCAGGAGGGCACAACCACCCGGGCUGCGCCCCCGACCCGCCUUCCUCCUCCUCAGCCGCCUCAGGGUGCAGUGGGGGAGCUGGAGGAACGGGAGGACCAGGAGGGGGCGGAAACGGUGGUGUUGGGGGAGCGGGGCGGGGGCUGCGUAACGUGUAUGCGGAGGUGCUCCACUUCCAGUCCAUGUGCUCCUGCCUGUGGUACAAGAGCAGGGAGAAGCUGCAGUACUCCAUCCCCAUGAUUAUCCCCAGGGACCUGUCCACCUCUGACACCUACAUGGAGCAGGGGGAGGCCUUUUCCUCCGACGCCCUCCACCCCCUUCACUCCAAUGGCUGCGUCUACAGCAUGCACCACCCCCAUUCCGUCAUCAGUUCUGUGUCCACGGGCCUGCACAGCCUCACCCCGUACAGACUAGGACACAGCAAGCGGCGCAGCUCCAUCUAGAGGUCUGGAGGACUCAAUGCUUAAAAUAACCAACCCACACCUCUUGUCUACCGCAUGGAAUGACCCUACUACUGUGGGACUAUUUUCGAUGGACUAAACCAAGAUCUAAAUCAGGGCUGCUCAACUUACAGUCCUCAGGGGAUCCCUGUCCUGGGGUGAUGUGUUUUUGCCUGGCACUUUUAAAUGAUCGAUUAAUGCCACUGAUUUUCCAAAAACAAGAAUAGGCCUCGAAGACCGAAGUUUUGCACCUGUGAACUAUAUCCCUGCUAUAUUUUCAGCUUCCCUUCACCGUUUGCCGUAUUUAAGGUUGAAGUUAUUGCUCUUCACCAUGUGCAGAUUGUUUGAACGAUAAGAUGACACGUUACACUGUGAGAGACAAAUAUUUUUAUGCGAAAUGGAGGGAUUAUGUAUUUUAAGAAACUGUGCAUCAUGAUAAGCCACAUGACUUAACAAAACCUGAUUUUAAGUUUGGUGAGUGAAGUUUGUCUCUUUUUCACAAAGAAGAAAUGGACGUAUUGAAGUGUUACUCCCAAUAAUCAUCCAUUAAAUACAUGUAAAUAUAUUUGUAAUAUGGAUACUGUAUUUAAGCAAUGUACUUACUAGGGAAGAACCAAUUUUAUUAGUGAAAGUGUUCUAAAAACUAAAUUGGCUCAAGCCAAACACUUUUGAUUUGCUUUAGUUUCUUACUGUAUUUAUCUCUCAAACCACAAAACCAAUCAUACAUUGUGCUACGUUUUGUCAUUUUCUUUUUAAUGCUUUUUUUCUUGUGUAUAAUUGUUUUACUGUAUGUUUGCUAUUCAUCUGUUUUAUGUUUUCAUACUAGGUUUUUACUCAGAUCAUGUGGGCUCACUUUGUGCAUAGUAGACAGUCUAAUCUUGUUCACUGCUGCACUUUAUAACAUUAUUGUAUGCUUUAGGGCGCUGGAUACCAGUGCAUUACAUGGAAUUGAAGAUCCUAAUUUAUGCUAACUCACCUGAUGUUUUGGUACCUAAAUAAUAUAUUCCUAUAGAUGUCAUGCUCUUAAAUGUGGUCAGAGGGAGAUUUGAAAUUGGUUAGUUUGGCUCGUAGCCCAGCAGGCAAAAGUGUUUACAGUUACAGUGCCUGUAGAAUGUAUUCAUACCUCGUGACUUAUUCCGCAUUUAGUUACGUUACAGCCUGAAUUUGGUAUCGAUUAAAACAACAAAAAACAAACAUGUAUCACCUAUCUACACACAAUACCCCAUAAUAACAACGUGAAAACGUGUGGUUAUACAUUUUUGCAAAUGUAUUGAAAGUGAAAUACAGGAAUAUCUCAUUUACAUAAGUAUUGAUACACCUUUGCUAUGACACUCCAAACUGAGCUCAGGUGCAUCCAAUUUUCUUUGGUCAUCCUUGAGAUGUCGCUACAACUUGAUUGGAGUCCACCUGUGGCCAACUGAAUUGUUUGGACAUUAUUUAGAAUGAAAAACACCUGUCUAUAAGGUCCCACAGUUGACAGUGCAUGUCAGAGCGGAAACUAUACCAUGAAGUCCAAUGAACUGUCCACAGAUGAUGAG